GAAAAACACCAACCGAGUUUUGUAGGUGUGAAAUAAUUAAAUUUUAUUUAUGAUUUAAAUGUGAUAAGAAAUGUCUCUCCUGACUUUAUUUACGGCACUCAGGGCGAAUAUACGACAAACCCACUCCGCAUGGUCGACCUACCGAAAAUGCUCCACCCAAUCCUCGGACCCCCCUCAGGACGAAACAGACAUUAAAGACAAAAUAUUAGAAGCUUCUCUACCCUUCGUGACCGAACUGGGAUGGUCACGAAAGGCCCUAAGUUCCGGCGCCCAAGCCGUGGGCUAUCCAGGCGUGAUCCACGGCCUCUUCCCCAAAGGAGGCGGCGACCUAGUCCACUACUUUCACCGUACUUCCAACCAAAAACUCGUAGAAAUCCUGAAAGAACUAGAAAAAUCGCAGACCAAGUCCGCGCUGCCGCCGCCCCAGUUCGUCGAGAAGGCGCUGCAGAACCGGCUUAAGAUGAUUAUUCCUUAUUUAAGCAGGUGGCCCCAAGCGAUUGCCAUCAUGUCGUUGCCGCCGAAUGUUCCUAACGCUCUGGCGACGCUGCUGACUACCGUGGAUGAUAUUUGUUACUACGCUGGUGACCGGUCGGUAGAUUUUAAUUGGUACGCUAGGAGGAUAGGGGUGGCUGGAGUGUACAAAGCCACUGAGCUCUAUUUAAUCCAGGACACGUCCGCCGAGUACGAAGCUACGUGGAAGUUUUUAAACAGGAGGUUGGGUGAGGCGGUGCAAAUUCAUGAAAUUUUGUGCAAGUCGGACUUGGGGAGUAUAGGACCGAAAGAUGCUGUUACUUCGGCUUUUGUGACUGCGAGGAACAUUUUAGGGGUUAAUUGGAGCAGAUAACACCGACAUGACUAUUGUUAUUACCUUGGCUUUAUGUGUUUUGUUAUGUUAUAGUGUAUUUUUUAAAAUAAAUAUUCAUUAUUUCGCCAA